CGCCCCUCACCCAUGCUCCUGGCACUUCUCUCCGAGCCAUCCCGGAGUUGCUUACUCCAUACUUUAUUCCUGCUCCCAGCGUGCAGACCCUCCUUCCUCAGCUCAGCGGGGAGAGAGUCCCACAACACUUCUGCCCCUCCCGCAAGACUGCGGCAGGCCACAGCACCGGCAGACGCCACACUCAGCAGGGACACUGCAGCAUGGAGCUGAAGAGAGGAAAGACAUUCAUCAAAUCUAGCCUGCAGAUUGACCAUGAGAAACCCCCAGAUGCAGCAGCCACUAUCCCGGCCAUGGAGGAUGCAGUCUCACCAGGAGGGCAGCAGCGACCCCACAGUGAGAGGGGCCCCCAGGUCAGUCCCAGCACCCAAGGAUAUGACAGGUGCUCCGACAAGGGGGCCCAGCCAGACGCCAAUGGGGGGCCUGCAGCUCUCUGUGGGACCACCUUCAAACUGGUGCAGAAGAGCAAGACUCAAGACACUGUGCCCAGGACUGACAGGGCAGCCGCAGCUACAGGGCAGCUGGUGGGCAGUGCAAGCUUCCCAGGGCCCCCCAGGAGCCAGCGCAUGAUUGACUACCGCCACUUUGUGCCCCAGAUGCCCUUUGUACCAGCUGUGGCCAAGAGCAUCCCAAGGAAGAGAAUUUCCCUGAAACGACCCAAGAAAUGUUUUCGGAAUCUAUUCCACAUCCGCAGAAACAAAACUGAGAAUUUGGCCUCGCUGGCAACCAAGGGGAAGAGCUUGUCCUCCCCUGAAGGCCCAUCAGAGGCUGGAGGGCAGCAAGGCACAGCUUGCUUCCCCUUGGGCGAGGGGCUGGGACUGGACAGCCUGUGCCAGGACCUGUCUGACAGUGAGUUCCUACCCGACUCCUCCUUUGACCUCUGCAGGGCCCUGUGUGAGGAUGUGGCCUCGCUCAAGAGCUUUGACUCACUCACCGGCUGCGGGGAGAUCUUUGCAGACGAGAGCUCAGUGCCAUCCCUGGAGCUGCAUGAGGGCCUGGAGAGCCCUGCCCGGGCAUCCCAGGCCCCUGACUGCAUGGCUUCCAGGGGCCCCUUCCAGGGCAGCGUAGAGCAGCUGGCAUCACCUGCCCAGAACGAGAUGUCUGACUUUGACAAGUUCUGGGACCGUGUGAAUCACUCGGUGAGGCAGCAACAUCGCGCCCUGCUAGGUCCGUGGCUGGGGGGCCCCCAGGGGUCAGACACAGACAAGCCCAGGCCAGAUGCAGCUGGGCUUGCUGAGCUCCCCCUGUGCCCAUGCAGGGACCCCCACGGCGGCUCCAAAGCCAGCUCCAUAGACACAGGCACGCCCAAGAGCGAGCGGCCAGAAUCUGUGUCCACGAGCGACGAGGGCUACUAUGACUCCUUCUCACCAGGCCUCGAGGAGGACAAGAAGGAGGCCCCGAGCCCAGGCACACCCGCAGCCGCCUUCCCCAGGGACAGCUACAGCGGAGACGCCCUCUACGAGCUCUUCUAUGACCCCACCGAGGGCCCUGGAAGCCCGAACCUGGACGACGACCUGUGCGUGUCUGAGAGUCUGUCGGGGCCGGCACUGGGAGCCCCGCUGUCCAUGUGCAGCUUCCACGUGGGGGCAGAAGAGAACCUGGCCGCCGCUCCAGGCCCAGACCUACUCAGCCAGAGCUUCUUGCAGAGCUCCUGGAGGGGCAAGGAGUGCCUGCUGAAGCUCUGCGACACCGAGCUUGCCAUCACCAUGGGCAUUAUCAACUGGCUCCGCCGGAGCCCAGAGCUCCGUGUCCCGCCUGCCUCGGCCCCCAGGGAGCCUGCAACGCCCCCGGGAGGACUGGUGGAGAAACCAGGAGCUGGCUCUGAGGUGUGCCUAGGUCCAGUGAAGCUGGAGGGCGGGGAGACCCGGGCCUUAGAUGCGGGGAGGACCUCCGUGAGCUCAGCACCCAGCAGGCGGGAGCUGUGGGCAUGUUCGGGCCCCAAGGGCCCGCUUGCUGGAGUGAGUGAGGUCCUAGCGGGGACCAAGCAGGGGACCAGCUCUCCAUCCAGGGACCCCCCUCUGGAGUGUGUGCAGGUCUCUGGGGAAGAAGGGACACAAGGCCACCCUGAAGGCUCGUUCUCCUCUGUGGGGUCUGCAGCCCCCAUGGCAACCAACACAUCCAGCAAAAACAAGGUCCCAAACCCCUCUGCCUGGCCUGGCUCCCAGGAGCCCAGUUUUCCUGGGAACCUGGGGUGUUUCCAAGGUCCCUGGAGGCCAGGUCUCGGGGGAAGCACCAUGGAUUUAGAGCUCACUCUGACAGGCUGUGUGGCCCAGGUGGCAGCCCUACAGAUCCACCCAGACUGUCAGCCCCCAAGGCAGAACACAGGUAGUGGGCUCUGCGGGCAGCCUCAGGCCAGGGGCCCUGACAUUCUGCAACAGAAACAGCCUAACAGCUUCCCUAGCAUGGCUGCCAUAUGUGGCCUGCCCUCCCUGGCCAGCCCACUCCACAGCCCACAGGACCAGAGGUGCCCAGGCCGCAUUCUGGACCUGAGCCAGAUCAGGGUGGAGCCCGCCAGGCUGGAUGCCCAGGCCCAUGCCUCUGUGGAGGACCAGCCUCUGCAGCUCAGCUCAAGGGCUAUAGAGCAGGCUGCACACAGGAGCCAGCUGGACUCAUAGCCCCCUCAGUCCUGCUGCCUGGGAUCACCUGCCAGGAAUUCUGGCCCUCACUUCCAACAGCCAGUGGGAGGGGGCCCACUCUGCAAGUGCCCCAGAAAGCCGCUGCAGCUUCUUGGACCACGAGGGCAUCCUCUGCAACCAGCAGGAAGUGGGACCUCCCAGGCCAGCAUGGCUGAGACCCACCUUUGGAACGGUCUUGUGUCUUUGUGGUCACACUCAGGAGAGCCUAAGACCCAAAUCUCCACCCUUUGUCCCCGAUGUGAGGACUGUACUGGGGGGCAGGGGGUGGCAGGACUCAGUGGGGCGGGGCAUUUUAACAUGGAGGCAUCCACAGCUGAACCCACCAGCUCAGCCAGAAUAGGUCCCGGGCAGCCCAAGGCCAAGGACAAUCGCAAAGCUUCUAGCGCUCUCAAAAUGUGCCUCACCGACUUUCCCACCAAAAAAUGAAGCGUCUAAACCCAGAUGUGAAGUAGCCACAUUUGGCCACUCCUCAUACAGCAUGUCAGAGAGAGGAGCUCGGGUUUGAAACUGAUGGGAUGGAAAUGGUACAUAUUAUAAAGGGUACAUAUUGUGCUGAUAACUCUGCACAAGGGUUGAGAGUGAUAAAUGUGAGUGGGGAGUCUGAGGCUCAGGGGUAGGCGCUUGAGACAGGGGUAGGGGGCUGCAGAUGAGCUUGGGAGUGCCCACUUGCCCCACCCCAGCCUGCUCUCCACCCCCAGGAUGAGCAGCCACAGCCUUCGGGACCCUGAAGGGCUUCUCUGAGGGAAUUGGAAGCAGAACCAGCCAUCUCAGCAAGAGCCUUGAACCAGCAGAUGCCAUGCAUUCCUGUGCAACCUUGCCAGGGCUGGCCAGACCCUGCAGACUCUGGCCGAUGGGUGUUCUCUGUCACAAAGCAUCCCAUCCAAACAAUGACUUCCCCCAGCUUGCAUUCUCUAACUGAGGUACAGGUGGCAAGAUACUCUUGGGGAAGAAGCUGACUGAUUCUCCACACUGCCAUUCUUGCCCUCCAUGCUUCCAAGCAUUCCAGCCUCCUGCUUCAUGAAGGCUCACCUUUGAAUGAGGCUGUAUCCCCCAACCCCUCGAAAGCCACAACAUUCAGAAUCACAGAGGGAAAGGUGGCUCGCACCUCAGGAAGGGCAGGUGUCUGUUUGGCCAGCCUCAGGGCAGCAGGCCAGCAGCCAGCCCCUUGCCAGGGUUCCCUACGAUUAGAUCCUGCCUCAGCUGCCCUGUUGUGGUGAGGUGCCAGGCGGGGGUGGGGGGUGCGUGGGGGGGGAGUAUGCCACAGGCAGCUAUGAAGCUUUUUCUAGAAGAGAGGCCAGCCUAGAAAGGGGGCAGGCCCAGUGAUGAGGGAGGAAUUCCAGAUGAAGGGAUGCAGUCUGGCAAGCUGACCACAGGCUGGGGCCUCUCCUGAUUGUCUGAGGCUUUGUUUCAGGCUAGAACACGCUCCACGGCCCUCAUUAACACCUGCUUCCUGGGGCCCACUGUGUGGAGGAUGCAUGCAGCACAUGGGAGGUUCAAAAGGGCAUGACAGGGCUCCUGACCAGGCCCAUCGAGACAGGACACAAGAAGGUCAGGGCCAGCCUUUCUGGGAAGCCACACUUGACCCUUCCUCCCAGGACUGCCACAAGUGGUCACGACAGCGUUAUUGGGCCUAGAUGGGAGCAGGUGACAUGUGGAGUAGCUCGCUGCAUCCCUGCAGCAAUCGGAAUGCAGCUGCUCUCCUGGUUUCUGACAUGGAAACCGAGGCCAGGGUGCGGAUGUGGCUUGCCCAUGACACACUCGGGCAGUGUGUGGGACUGAUGGUGUCUGAGCCGAACCCCGACUCCUAGGGCCCAGCUCUCGGUAGGCUCCUGCCAUGAACACCCCUCUCGAAGCCUCCUCUCCUCCCUUCUUUUAGGGCACAGGUGUCUGGGUUCCAGGAGUGCAUCUCCGUUACUUUAUACCGCACCUGAGCAGAGCAAGUGCUCAGUAAAUACUGUUACAAGAAUGAAAUAUCAAAAGGUUGUACAUGGUUUUCUGAUUUCUUGUUGCCUGUGGGCCUUGUGUCUAGAGAGCAGCAGAGUUGGGUUUAACCUGGCAGAAGUUCUGAUGGAGACUUCCUUGAUGUGACACAGUGACUUCUGAAGAUGUGGAAGAACCAGCCUGGUCCAAGAGCACUGGGAAGGGCAGGAACCAAAGUGGUCCAGGUCAGGAGAGGCCUGGAGUCAGGAGGGCAGUACCAAAGGGGACCCAGGACUCAGAGUCCAUGGUGAAGCAGGUGCACGGUGACCCAACAGCAGGGCAGCAGAAACAAGGACUUAGGACCAUGCCUACUGGGAGGAAAUAUUGCCCAGUGCCUCUCAAUCUGGGGAGCAUUUUAGGCAAUCCCAGCACUGCAGAGAUUCUCACUCAGCAAUCUGGGGAGUGGUCCCAGCAGUGGUGUGCUAGGCACCCUGCUGGGAGAGUGAAAGAGGCUGUGUGAUCUUCCUCUUGUGUGCACUGAGUCAAGGGUCCCUCAGCCCAUCUCUUUCUGCACCCCACCCCUCAGGCUGCCCUCCCCAGCAAGAUGGGUCCAGGCAAUGCCAUUCUGACUGGGCUUCACAGUCCUCAAGGAUGUCCUCGAGGUGACGCACUGGGAGGAAGAGGGGAACUUCAGGGUCCAGCUCCUGGGACAGGUGCCUAACCCAGUGAUGGGUGUGGAAGAGACCUGCUUGGGGCAUUUUCAUAACUCUGGUCAAUUUCCAGCCCUCUCAUUCACACGUGGCUGUAGAGGUUAUAGAAGAUUUUUCCCAUGUAAAGUAAAAUCCUGAGAAGUAGGUCCAGUUGUCCCCAGCUCACAGAUGUCCCAGGGUAACACAGUGGUGGGGGAGCUGGGGUUCACCCUGGAGCCUGUGCACUGUGCUUCUGCCCUUCCAACCUUCUGAAGUUGAGUUAGAAAAUGGGAAGGUACCCAGGCAGCCUUCCAGCUGGGGAAGGCCUGGGCCCUACAGCAGGGUGGCCAGGGUGGACCAGGAGGGCAGGGAAGAGAGCAGAAGGUGCUGGAAAGAAGAAGGAGGUGAAGGCCAGCACAGGUUGGGGAAAUGCCUGCCAACUACAUUGGGGGUGCUUCUUACCUUUCCUGGCUCUUCAGUUUAUUUAUUUGUUUGUUUGCUUAUUUAUUUAUUUAUUUUUAUAAAAUGGGGACAAAUAUACAGAAUACAAAACUCAAAUGACACAGAAGGGAGAACAAUGAAAAGUGAGUCUCCUCCAAUUCCUCUAUUACCCCCUGUUGUUUUGAAUCAAAAUUAAUACCCACUUACUACAACCAAUUCAAACAAUGCCAAGUGCAGAGCCUCCUCUUCCCUGUCCUUCUUGAACAUUGGGUGUGUCCUCAGACCCUUUCUCUGCCCAUGACAUAAACACACAUGGACUUGAACCUUUUUUCUUACUGCACACCAUAUCACAGAUGUCUUCCUUGAGCUUAGCAGGCACCAGGAGCACGCAGGUUCUCCAUUCUCUUGAAAGCUGCACAGCAGUCUCCUGUAGGUGGCAAGUAAUUUAAACACUCUCCUGUUGAUGGAUAAUCAAGUUAUUUCCCAUUUUUGCUGUUACAAACAAUGCUGCACGCACUCCUUUUUCUCCUAAAUGUUCUCUCUGAAAGUCCUCCCCAAAACUAUAAAAGUGAAAUUUAACAAGGAACAGAUGUAUUUUUUAAAAUGAACAGUGCAUCCUGCUUCUAUGUCUCCACCCCAAUGCCCACCUACCUUAAGGGCCUGAUGUUAAUGGCCUGGGCUCCAUGCUCAUACAAACAUACUACACACCCCCAUCUUUGGAAGGGGAGAGGUGAGUUCUUUUGUUAUUAUGUAUAAGGCCUUAAAAGUUGUCAUUCCCAUCCUUACAACAAGAAAAAUGUGGACAACCUGAAAAUCCAUGACUUUCCUUGACUCAUCAGAGAACAGAGGUCACAGAGCAAAUAACUCCUCUGAAGCCUGGAGGCAAAGGUGCAUCCAGAGAAAUGAGGCAACCAAGACCUGGUGCAAGAUGCCAAAGAACUGGUAGGAACUGUUCAGGAGUCGUUUUGACAAGUGGCUGUAGGCUGAAUAAGAAGCUAUAAGGGGCUGGGCACUAAAGGGGGGCUCACACUUUCAUGGCUUUCCUCCAGGAACCACACUGUGUUUUCAGGGUGAGGACAAAAGACCCCCUCAUGGGCUUGGCAAAGGAAGAAGAGUAGCCAUUGUGAAACCCUCCAUAACCUUCUCCCUAACAGGCCUAUGUAAAGGGGAGAGGCUUCCCCAGGGGACUAUUCUGAAGACUUUUCCAAGCUGAAGGAAGGCACUCCACCCGACCCCUGUCAUCUCCAGCCUUCCUGUCUCACUUAAGAAAAAGAAAUAUAGAUAGAAAGAAAGAUAAAAAGAAAAGGACAGUUAACCAGAAAAGGACUCCAAAAUACAAAACUGGAAAUGGUGGGCCAGAAGGGACUAGGGUUUUGGAAGGCUUAACCCCACCCUGGGGGCACAGGCCCACAAAAGACUGAGACUGAUUAGAAGCUUAGAAGAUAAGGACACAUUCUCUCCCUCCUGACUAACCCCAUUACCACACUAAUAAGCCUCCAGUAAUAAGAACUGUGGAUUAAAACUAAAAGAGCUACAAGACAAAGACUCUCUCUAAAGAUCAGAACAAAAGGAAGCCACAAAGAAAAGAAGGGAGGAAAAAGUAAGCCCACUAGAGUAAUAUGAAGCCUCUGGUGCCUAUAGUUAUAAGAAAUAUUAAAGCAGCCCAACUCUUAGCCAGAUUAACAUAAAUCCUCACACUAAAAGCCUAUUUACCUCAGUACCUAUUACCCUAUACAAUGUCUGGCUUUCAACAAAAAAUUAUAAAGCCUGUUAAAGCCAAGAGUAAACAAUGUCUGAGGGACAAAGCUAUUGCCAGAACCAGUCACAGAUGUUGGAAUUAUCACAUAAAGAUUAUAAAAUAAGAUUGAUUAAUAUGUUAAGAGUUCUAGUGAAAAAAGUAGGCAAAAUGCAAGAACAAGUGGUAAUAUAGCUGACAGGAAGAAUUCCAAGAAAGAAAUCCAAAGAAUAUGCUAGAAGUCAAAAACACUGCAAAUUAAAUGCAGAAUUAAACAUGGCUGAGUAAAGAAUCUGCAAGCUUUAUUAGAAAAUACUUGAGACAAAUAAAAAGAGACACAAUAUACCAAAACUUACAGGAUGCAGAGAAAGCAGUGCUAAGUAGGAAAUUUAUUGCUACAAUGCAUACAUUAAAAAAGAAGAAAGAUCUCAAAUCGAUAACCUAAAUUUAUAUUUUAAGGAACUAGAAAAAGAAGAAUAAACUAACCCAUAGCCAGUAGAAGGAAAGAAGCAAUAAAACUUAGUGGAGAUAAAUACAAUAGAGAAGAGGAAAAAAAAUAAAACAGGAAAAAGUCAUCAAAACCAAAGUUGAUUUUUUGAAAAGAUCAACUAAAUUGACACACAUUUAGCUUAAACUGAGUAAAAAAGAGAGAAGACUCAAAGUACUGAAAUCAGAAAUAUAAGUGGGGAUAUCACCACCAAUUUUAUAAAAAUAAAAAAGAUAAUAAGAGAAUGCUAUGAACAUUUAUAUAU